AUGGACGCCUCGACCUUCUUAGCAUUGCCCAUGUCACCGGGCCCGACCGGGCCUCAGAGCUUUGCGCUCUUUGUCAACUUCUUCUUUCCCGCCCUGGCAUUGCUCGUCGUCUCCAUCCGGGUAGCAGGUAGAGUGGCGGCGAACCAGUUCGCUGUGGACGACUGGCUUGUUUGCAUAGCCAUGCUUAUGUCCAUAGCAGAGACUGUUAUCAGCUUCUUUUUCAUCAAGACCAAUUUUAUCGGCAUACCUCCGGAGCGUGUGCCGCCCCACGACCGUACACAGGGACUCAUUUGGGCAUAUGCUGUCCAGAUCCUCUACAACCCGAUUCUUGCGUUGGUCAAGUCAUCCGUCUUGAUCUUCCUGACCCGCCUAUUUGGCCAAAAGGACGGGGUGCGGCGGUUCCUGCUUUGGCUCAAUGUCGCGAACAUCUCCCAACUGGUUGCCGUCUUCUUUGCCAUUGUCUUGCAGUGUUUACCGAUCCAAUUCAACUGGGACCCCACCCUCAGAGGCGGGCGCUGUGUUGACCGAAGGAUCCUGUAUAUCUCGACGGCCGCUUUCAACAUCGUGACUGACUUCCUGAUCCUCGGGCUGCCGCUGUGGAUCUUCUCCUCUCUCAGGAUUCCCAAGCGCACCAAGAUCGCCCUCUUAGUCGUCUUCCUCCUCGGUUUUCUCGUCACCAUCACUUCUAUCAUCCGCCUUCUCCUUGUUGCCCAGGGCGUCUACAACGUGGGAAUCUUCCCGAGCGAAGCCUCGACUAACAACGUCGGCUUCGUCACCUCGGCUAUCGAGACUAACCUGGCCCUCAUCACCGCGUCAGCGCCGGCCCUGCGGCCCAUCUUCCGCUCGCGCGACCGCGGCGGCUGGUUCGCGCGCAGCGUCAUGGCCACGGCCACCCCAGGCCGCGCGGCUCCUCCUACCACCAAUGACAGCGCCGACGUCGAGAUGGGCCAGGACAACCAACACAAGCCCUCUAUCGGCUGGAACACCCGCAGCCACACCCACCGAGACAGCUCGCCGGUGGUAGGCAGCAAGUUCGGCCGCGGAGGCAGCCGCGGCGGCCGGAAGGGGAGCUACAACCACAUCACUGGCCGGCAGCAGCGGCCCUCACAGAAGCCCAUCAUCCGGGUGCGGACCACAGGCCUCGCGGGAGCGGGACGGCACGAGCAGGUGCUGCUGCGCAGCAGCUCGCCGCGCCCGAGCGAGGAGCAGGCCAUGACCUACAACGGCAUCAUGCGGGUCAGCGAUGUCCGGAGGGAGAUUGAGGGUAUUGUUAAAGAUAUUGCUGUCGCCGGCGCGGGGACUUUUACUAGUGCUGGUACUCCCGUCAGUCGUGGUGCAAACCGGACACCACCACCACCCCCUAGGACGCCUAGAACUCCUAGGACCCCCAAACCCACGACGCCACCGAGGCCCCGGCCCUCGAUGGAGACUAUCUUCGUGGGCGCGACGAUGGUGUCGCCGCCGCCACCCAGGCCCAGCACGAGCGGCAGCGGGGCUGGGACAAUAAGAAGGGCGGCGCCGGCGCCGGAGAGGUAUUACAGCGAGAGUAUAUACCCCGAGCAGGGGCUGGGUAAGGCAGGUGAGGAGGAGGAGGACGACGACGACAGGGUUUCGCGGUACCUUGGUCGCAGGUUCGGGGUUGUCACACCCCGGGGGACGACACCGACCUCGAGGGGCUGGGAGGGGAGCGGGCGGCCGUUCUAG